AUGCGAGGUGAGUAUAAUGGCCUCAAAGCACUUAUUUUGAAAGAAAAUCCAAGUGCUUACUGUAUUCAUUGCUUUGCUCAUCAACUUCAAUUAGCUCUUGUAGCCGUGGCACAGAAACAUCCGAAGAUUGAAACUUUCUUCACUACAGUACAUAGAUUGGUGAAUAUUGUUGGAGGAUCAGCUAAACGGAGUGAUCUUAUUCGAGAGAAUCAAAGAUUGAAAAUUCUUGAAUCACUCAGUAUUGGUGAAAUAUCAAGCGGACGAGUCGAAGUCAUUGAGAUGAUUGCUACUGAUUCUACAAGUACCGGAACAAGAGGUGAUGCAUGCAUUUCAUUGGAGUUGAUGUUAAGAUUUGAAUUUGCAUUUAAUCUAUAUCUCGUGAAAAAGAUUUUAGGGAUUUCAAAUGAAUUGUCAAAAGCAUUACAAAGAAAAGAUCAAGAUAUUGUCAAUGCUAUGAAAUUGGUGCAAAUAUGUAAAACACAACUCCAAACCAUGAGAGAUGAUGGAUGGGAUUCUUUUUUGAGAGUGAUUUGUUUGUUUUGUGAAACUCACAAGAUCAAUGUUCCCGAUAUGGAUGAUAUGUUCGUAACUGUAGGUCGUUCACGGCAGUUGAAUGAUCGUUUUUCUGAAAAAAAUAAUGACUUGCUUAUUUGUGUUGCAUGUUUAUCUCCAAAUAAUUCAUUUGCUGCUUUUGACAAGAUCAAAUUGAUUCGACUAUGUCAGUAUUAUUCGGUAGAUUUUGAUGCAGCAGAUAUCCUAGAACUUGAUGAUCAACUAGAUAUGUAUAUUCUUGAUAUGCGCACUUCUGAAGACUUUGAAGAAUUACAAGGCAUUAGCGAUCUUGCACAGAACUUGGUUGUGAAGAAUAAACAUGAAGUGUAUUCAUUAGUCUACAAACUUGUGACACUAACCUUAGUUCUUCCCGUGGCUAUUGCUACAGUUGAGAGAGCAUUUUCUGUGAUGACUUACGUCAAAAAUGGUCUGCGCAAUCGAAUUGGAGAUCAAUGGUUGAAUGAUAGUUUGAUUGCCUAUAUUGAGAAAGAUGUUUUUGAUAAGAUUGAAAAUGAUGUAAUUAUUGAACGUUAUCAAAGUAUGAGAACACGUAGAGAGUAA